AGAGAGAGAGAGAGAGAGAGAGAGAGAGAGAGAGAGAGAGAGAGAGAGUUUCGUAACUUAGGGAAGUUUCGUGGAGCCAUCGAUCAGUGGAGCGUCUUGUUUUUUUGCGCCUGGUGUCAGUGACACAGCGCAGAGCUGACCGUCGCCUGCGUCACUUUUUCAGCGGACUUGUCUAAUUGACUUUCUCACUCGCACGGGAGCUUCUGCCGUCGAGCAAGGCAGCAGCGAAUAACGCCGUCUCACCUCCAGGACCGGACCGUGCACAUCCAUCUGAGAGCCUGGCCUGUGCAGCCAUGCUGAUGUAUGAUUACCCUCUGAAGACAGACAUGGAGACGUCAUUCUACUCCUCGUUGGUGAAAACCUCUGAGCCGUACGGAGUGAUCUUCUCCCAUCGCCCCCACAUUUACCACCCGGCGCACGUGCACGCCUUCACCCAGUCUCACACACCCAGCAACCCCACACACGCCCAGCUGGAACCAGUGGACCUGUCAGUCAGCAAGCGUUCCUCCUCCACCUCUUCCUCCUCCUCGCCGCCCUGCUCCUCCGCCCCCUCCCCGGCCUCCUCACGCAGCUCCCCAUCUUCCCCCUACAACCCGACGAGCCACGCCUCCCCCCACUGCUCCCCUCGAGACUCCCAUCCGCACUCCCCGCUCUCCCAUGCUCUCCCGCCACCCAUUCCCUCACUUCCUUACCCCACCCCGGGCUCUGGGGUCAUCCAGGGGUCAGGGGUCUUGGUUUCUCCGGUCAUGGUGCCUCUGUCUCUCCUCUACCAGUCGCCAUUCCACCUGCAUCAGCCGAUCAUGGUGAGCCCGCCUGUUGCCAGUGAGGACGACCACCAUCGAAGCAGGGACCACAAGCCAGUUCACUCAACAAAGCCGGAGCUGCGAGUUGACGUCCACGACCUGCACAAGCCAAUCAAAACAGAGCCCCGCCCUGAGCUCAUUCAUGACGACUACAGCGGCCAGGAGAUUAAGUCAUCAGUCAUCAGGAUACCACACGAAUACGGGGGGAACAACCCAUCGGUAAUUGUUCAUUCGGGCACGCAGCAUCCUCUCCCUGCUGAAUCUCCGGACACACUGAAAAAGAGGCGAAUUCACCGCUGUGACUUCUCCGGCUGCAACAAAGUGUACACCAAGAGCUCCCACCUCAAAGCGCACCGCAGGACACACACCGGUGAGAAACCCUACAAGUGCAUGUGGGAAGGCUGCACGUGGAAGUUCGCCCGUUCAGACGAGCUGACGAGACACUUCCGCAAGCACACAGGAGUCAAACCGUUCCAGUGCCCCGACUGUGAACGCAGCUUCUCUCGUUCUGACCACCUGGCUUUGCACAAGAAGCGCCACCUCCUGGUGUGAAAGCCUCCACCGGGCAGCUUGAAGAAGAAACUCGGUGCUGGGUUCAACAUUGGACUGUACCACUUUGACUUGAGGGUGGGGAGUUGUAAAGAGCUGACCUUACACUUCGAACUCCAACAGGGAGUGGGAGGAAUGUUCCUCAGGAUGCAAGUUUAGACCCUUUCACCUCAUUAGCCUGAGUAUGAGCUGGUGUCAGCCUGCCUAUCAUCCACCCAUCACACCAUCAGAUCGUUUUGACAUCACUAUAGAAAAAUAGUUGUUGUGCCAGAUCAGCUGUGGAAGGUCCAGACACUUUUGCUGCAGCAUCUCAGCUGGCCUGAGAGCGGCGCCCUCUUGUGGCUGCAGAACCAACCUGCACGCGGCAUGCUCAAGCUUCUUCACUUUUUGCAACAUCAGCUCGCGUUUCCUCUGCAUGCAUUCAAGUACAGAUUGUGGACUUAAACAGACACGCGUUUAUCCGCUAGCUAGGCCGACAUAAUGUGAAAACUUUUCAGAAUGUAUCAUAACUCACGCCUACUGUGCAUCCUCAUCAUCCUCCUCAUCAUCAUCAUCAUCAUCGUCAUGUCAUACAUGAGCUCCCUCUUGUCAGCGCAGCUACCUGUGACGUAACGCUAACGCUAACUCCUACUUCAUGGACCACCACAUUAAAACACCACACACCUCAUCUGCCUCUACAAGCUUACAUCAUGAAGUGACUUCAAAACAACAAAAAAAAAAAACAACAGGUAGCUAACGCUCACGUUUCUCUUGUACAUACAUGCACACACAGCAGAAAACAUGCACUUGAUAAAAGCAGCUCAGCCUCAGUCUGGUGUGCUUUUGGUAUUUGGGUUGAAUAAAAAUAAAAGGGGGGACUGUGGGUCUUUCAUUGUCCGAGUGAAGUGUUUUUUUGUUUGUUUGUUUGUUAUUUUUUUAAGUUUUCAUUCAGAAAUGUGAACGUUGCUGCACAGGGGCAUUAUUGUGUUAGUGAGGAAAAGACACCACUCGGUUGAUUUAAGGGUAGAGGCAAUGAAAUGUCGUAUAUCGAGUUUGCGUAUCUGUAUGAACAGUUGUUUUGGUUUGUGAUGCGACGCCAUGGUAGCCUUUUUAUUGUUUGACACUUUUAUAUCGGAAAAAUGCAAAGUGCAAAGCAGGGAAAUCUGCUCUUUAAUUUUUGUUUUUGUAUCAGGAGCAGAUGAGUUUCAUUCCAGCCCUCCAUACAGGAGACCUAAUUUGAAAGAAAAAAUACUUCAUCAUAAUUCAUCAACCAUAUUUUGUUUUGUUUUUUUAGCACAACUUUCUGUUUUUACAGUUUCCGGAGAACAAAAAAAGAAAAGUUUGUUUAUCGCGUCUUUGUACAUGUCUCCAAUGUGCACUUUAUAUAUAUAUAUGACUAUAUAUAAAACUUUCCCAAAGCCACACAUUUUUUAAUCAUAACAGUUUUUGUCUAUUCAUAUAUCUGCUGGUCAGUUUGAUCCGAAGCAUUUAACAGGUGUCUUGGUUUGUCUUUUAAUGCCAGAUAAAGGUGUGACUCUAUACACACACACACACACAUGCACACACACACACACACACACACACACACACACACACACACACACACACACACACACACACACACACACAGACUCAUACACACACACACACCGAAUGUAGUGGCUCAACCAAUCUGCAUUUGCUCCUGGAUUUUUCUUUGCUUGUAAAUGUUUUUGUAUCUCUGCAAAUAUAAGUUGUAAUAUAUAUAUAUGUAUAUUUUAUAAUUGAUUAUUAGACUGAAAGGGCAAUUAAAGGUUUUUUAUUAAGCAUGAUUUUGAUACUCUCAUAAUAAUGGAUAUUAUACAUUUCUAUAAUGUUGCUAUCUAUCUCUUUUCAAUCUUAAUGUUGGCAAUUCAAAGGGAACAUGUUAAACUGUGAACAUAUAAGUGUACAGGUCUAUCUGCAAUGUUGCAUUAUAUUUUAAAACAGAAUAUUCAUACCACUUAAUAAACUUAUUGAUAAUA